AUUUGACCUAAUCGUUAAAGACUUUAAAACUUUAGUGAUUGUAAUUCGCAAAAAUUAAGCACUAAAGCUGUAAUUCGUAAAAGUUUAAAAUUUUAGACCAGAAAUAUUCUAUAAUUAAUGAUAUAAAUAAGUAUUACCUAAGACUAAAAUCCAAUAAAGAUUAGUCAAAGUGAAACUUCAUGGCACAACACAAACGAGACACCUGCAGUGUUCAUAUUAGAAACUUUGAGGAAAUGUCCUUAAAAAAAUAAUAGUCCCUUUGGUAAUAAUUAUAAAUUAGCUAGCUAAUAAUCAAAAUUCAUUGAUAAAAUCAUAAAAAUACCCAAAAGUGAUCCAAUUAAAGUGAAAAAAUGUCAUCAAAAGAAGAAGAUCUAGUGCUAUUAGAUUAUUGGGCAAGUCCAUUUGUAGCAAGAGUCAAAUUAGCAUUAGAAGAGAAAGGUAUCACUAACUAUGAAUGUCUCCAUGAAGAUCAUAUCAUGGUUUCCAAAAGUUCUCUUCUUAUGGAGAUGAACCCGGUUCACAAGAAAGUCCCGGUCCUAAUACAUAAUGGUAAACCGGUUUGUGAAUCUUUACUAAUAGUGGAGUAUAUCGAUGAGGUAUGGAAGCAUAAGUCCCCAUCUUUGAUGCCCUUUCAUCCUUAUGAUACUUCUCAAGCUCGGUUUUGGGCUUACACUUUUGAUAAAAAGUUUCCGGAGGUUCUCACCAAGUUAUGGACACAAAAAAGCGAAAUUCAACAAAAAGAGAAGGAUGAUUUCUUGAACUUCCUUAAAAUGGUGGAAGGAGAGCUUGGAGACAAGCCUUAUUUUGGAGGAAAUACUUUUGGAUAUUGUGAUAUUGCACUAAUUUCUAUUUAUAGUUGGUUUUAUACCUUUCAAAAGUUUACUAAAUUAGACAUACAAUCUGAGUGCCCAAAACUUAUUGCAUGGGGUAAGAGAUGUAUGGAGAGAGAUAGUGUCAAAAAAGUUGUUCUUGAUGAGGUUCAAAUCUAUAAUUAUGCAUUGGAGUUAAGGAAAAAGUAUGGAAUAGAUUAAGAACUACCUAAGGAGCAUAGAAAAAUCAAUAAUGUACCAAUGUUUUUUUUUUUUUUUUUUUUUUUUUUUUUU